AUGUAUCCAUCAUUUGGUUCCGUUCUUCUUCUCACCGCACAUGUUGCUCAUGCCUUUGUACAGGGUGACUGUAUCAAGCACGAUGCUGCCUUGACAAUACUGGCUUCGCAGCUUUCUCCUGGGGCAGCAAUAUCUUGUCAAUAUUUCCCACUACAAGAACAUACCGCUGGUCGAUAUUGGGGCGAGCAAUACUCCAAGAACUCCGCGGUCGUGGUGUUUCCGAUUACCAAAAUCGAUGUUAGCCAUGCCGUACGGGCUGCCGCAUCCUCGAGAUUUGGUUGGGACCUCGCUUUCGUCGGCGGAGGUCAUGGACAAACCAAUGCGUCGAGCUCGUCGGGUUUUCUCAUUGACCUCUCUUGGAUGAACUCGACAAAGGUCUUGCACAACAUCAAGCUAGGAGAUACCAAGGUAUCUAUCGCCGUGGCAUAUCAAGGAGGCGCACUCUGGAAGCACGUCGCCGACAACACAAACGGAACAGGCUUCACAGCAGUCGGCGCUCGAGUCGGGGAAGUCGGUGUGGGAGGAUUCUCGACGGGAGGUGGCAUUGGAUUUCUGGCUGGCGCAUAUGGAUACGCCAUCGAUCGUCUAAGAGCAGUUGAGGUGGUCUUGAUGUCUGGAGAGAUUGUACUUGCUACCAAGACUAACAGAUACUCGGAUCUGUUCUGGGCAAUACAAGGCGGAGGCGGCCAAUUCGGCAUUGUGACAACUUUCUAUCAAGAGGCGGUACCAGAACCAACAUCCUCCGAGUUCGGGAUCUGGGUUGUUGCCAAAGAUUCGUGGGACAGGGCGCGGCAGAAUACUGUCGAAUUCUUCGAGACUAACGAUGAUCCAUUCUCGCUCAUGUACUACUCACUCGGGUAUUAUCCUGAGUACGUUACGACUGGAAAUUUGACCACCGUUAUGGUAAUUGUGGGACUGAGAUUUGGAAACUCACACGGAAUGUCUUCCAAGAUGUCAAAGCAGAGGAGCUUCAACUCGACAUUCUCCAAUCUCCUCGAUGGGCUCGUCUUAAAGCAAGCCUCAAAAUACAACGUACCGUAUGGACAAGCGACCGAGCUAAGCACACCUUUCUUCCCAUAUGGUUUCCGAAGAGGCUUUUGGGGCCCUCAAAUCUCCAUGGUCACAAAGCCAUACAUAACUGCUGCAUCGAAUAGAAUGGAGGCCUAUAUCAACCAGUCACUUGACCGAGGGGACGUCCCGCAUAGCGCCGUUUGGGUCUUACAGUACAUGUAUCCUGGUCAGAAUGGCCAUGGUCCAGUAUCAGACAGCGCUACUGCAUGGCCACAUGCACAAACCGCUCAUCAAACACUUUUCUCGCCCGCUUGGAAAUCUGCCUCCAAUGAUGGUUUCGUAGUCCAGCAGAAUGAUGCCCUCAACAAGAUCACACACGAUCACCAAGCGUCAUUCGGGACUUUCGUCGCGGACUAUCCGAAUUACAUCUCACCAAAAGCAGAUGGUUACCGGGUGUGGGGACACAAUGUCAAGAGACUAAUCAAGAUCAAAGCCAAAUACGAUCCUGAAUGUCGGAUCCAUCAAGGGAGGGUCUUUGCCUCUGACACCUGUAUCGCACAUGGCUGGGCAAAUAUCUACCCUCGCAAGGGCUACUCCGUAGCAGAUCAUGAUUAA